AUGGAAGAGAUAAAAGAUCUGCCAAACCUCGAAGUCAAGCUUCCACCUUGGUACACCAGAAUCCAGCUAGCUCACACUCAGAUUGCAUCUGCAGUAGUGUUCAUGUCAUGCUUUAUAAUAGAAAUCUUCAACUUUUACCUUAGUCUGCUCAUUUUUUCAACUGACUCCUCAAACUACUUCGCUGUCGGUUUAUGCCUAAUAAGUAUCUUUACAGGUAUUUCCUGCCUCCUAGGCAUCGCUUUAUCUCGAGUUUUCAGCCUUUUUGACGUUUCCAAGCGUCUUUGGAAAAUAAUGAGUAUAAAUUUUGUGCUGAGCUUUAUCACUCUGGGAGUUGUCCAUAUCUACUUUGCUGCUACUGUUUCAGCUUAUAAAUCCUCACUUUUAUCAGAACUCUCUGACCCUUCUUCUUGUGAGAACUCAGAGACCUUUACAAGUCUUGCUAUGGUCUACCACGAAGCUGAUAGCUCAGGAUGCAGAGGGGAUCUCUCACAAUGUUCAUGCUACCAACAAGGAAAAUGUUUCCAAGGAAUGGAUAAAGACAUAAACACUGUUAAAAAAAUUGAAAAAACCUUUAAGUGUGGCGGGAUCUGUGUUUAUGAUAAUCCUAUUUUCUAUUCUGGAAAGGCUGAUGAUAGCUGCAUUGAUCAAAUUCAUGAUGCUGUCGAAAGUGCUGGAAUUAUCUGCUGCAUUUCUUUAGCUCUUGGAGCAACUUUUUGUUUUCUCUGUGUUUUUUCAGUAUGCUUUAUGGCGUUUUAUAAGAAAAAGCCUCUAUACACUCUUAAGCCACAUCGAAAUAUAAAUGAGUCCUCAAUAUGGGAGCUUAUGCAAAGUCACUUUACAGAUAAAACAAUAGGGACUAUCAACACUCGCCGUCAAUUUAUACAUGAGUCUCCACCUUCUAACCCUAGUCCAAGCCCUAUUGACGUUCCAGACGACGAUAAAACUGAUGAAAAUAUCUUGGAAGAAUAA